AUGUCCACGUCGAAACUCCGAAGGAGUAUCGCUUCUCUGGAUGCAUUCGAUUGCAAAAGCAUCGAGCCGGAGAGUAGGGAUGCCGCCGCCCUCGCCCUCGCGCUACGGAGCACCCUUGAACAAGCCAGAGCAGGACAGAUGAGUUGGUCCGACAGAGAUGCGCUGCUGGGGUGGUUGCACAAGAAUCGGAAAUCGAUGCCGACGCCCUGUUUAGGGCUCUGCGGGCGGUUGGAAAACCGGCUCAGCUUUUCCUUCCUCCCGGGCUUAUCCUGGCCAGGACACCGACAAGAAGCGUUGCCGUCGACCGCCGCUUCUGCAGCCGCGGCGGCGGCGGCGGCAGGGGCCGCAGGGCACGGCAGCGCCGAGACGGUUGUCGUCCGGCGGCGCAACCUCGCGGGCCUGCCCCCGCCCGUGGGGAAGAACGCCUCGGAGGCGGCGGAGGCGGACGCGGCGGUGGCGGCAGUGGGGUCCUCGAGCGCGGCGUCCCCUUCCUACGUGUCCCCGGACUCGAAGAGGGGCAAGGGGGCGGGGCAAGAGGACGGGAAUUACUCGUCCACGGACGAUGAAGCCGGGGCGGCGGGUGUGAUCGGCCUGGGCGGGGCGCCGCGCGACCUGGUGAGCUCUGGUCUCGGAUCUCCGGAAGUCCUUCCUUCGGUGCUGGAGCAGGCCACGGUGGACGUGAGCUCCCUCCAAGAGGCCGAUGACAACUUCCUGCUUCAGCCCACCCCGCAGGGCUUGAAAAGCUACUGCAUCAUCCAGAGGACAAGGUCUACGAUUCGGACGUACUUCAGGCUAUUUCUCCAGGAGCAGCGACCUCUGGCGGAGGACGGCAGUGGCGGUGACGGCGGCGAUGGCAAUGCCUCCCCGACGACGACAACGACGAGCGGCCCCGCGACUGGCGUUCCCGGCGGGCAUGGGGGUACCCCCCCCACCACCAGUAGCUCUACCGGGCCUGACGGCGGAAGCGGAGGCGGUGCGUUUAGUGCUACAGGCGGUAGCGCAAGCGGGGGAGUUACGCACAGCGGCGGAGGAAUGGAAACCCUUAGGGCGUUCCUUGCAGUCGGCGGCGGAGGCGGCAGCGGAGGCGGAGGCGGGGCGGGGGGGGACGGGGCCGUGGGAGGGGCGCAAUUUCUUCUCUCGAGCAAGCGGUACAGGUCAACCAGGCCCCGGUCGGCGAGCUACGUGUGGAGUAGGAACGGAGUGUGGAAGGAUAAGCACGCCUUGGCCAAGGUGGCAACUCAGCCGUGGGGCGGCAAGGGCAAGGGCGAGGGUACAAUGACCUCCCCGUCCCUCGUCGGCGACCACCUGCGAGCUGCUACCGCCGCCGCGGCCGCCGCCGCCGCUUCGCCCGUGAGCCCUGUCCCCUUUUCAUCCGUCCCCGCUCCCGCAACCGCGUUCCCUGCGUCCGCUGAUGGCGGCGGCGGCGGCGGCGGCGGCGGUGGUACCGGUAUCUCAGGGUCCCCGGGGGACGUGGGGUCGGACGGCAGCAAGGCUCAAAGCCCGGCGUUGUCUGGUUCGAGCGGCGGCGGCGGUGGGGGAGCGGCGGGGGGGGGGGGNGGGGGGGAGCAGGGGGGGCUGGUGGUGAAUGUACAGGCUGAGGGAGAGGGAAAGCUUUUGUCCGUCGCGGCUAUCGUACCGGACCCAAGCGCGUCGCUAUCGGCACCGGGAAGUGCGAGCGGCGGCGGCGGCGGCGGCGGCGGCGGCGGCGGCGGCGGCGAACAAAUGGUUGACUCGGGAUUGUUGGCGGAGGGGUUGAGGAAAUGGGAGAAAGCCGGGGUCGUCCCGCCGGGGAUGAUCGUCCUAAGGUCCAAGCAGCCCAAGUGGUCUGCGUGGCAGGGCUGCCACACCCUCGACUUCGACAGAGGAGGGGAGAGGGUUCGAGAACCUUCUCGCAAGAACGUGAGCAUGGUUGCCGCGGACGCAAGUCCUGCCGCCACCGCCGCCACCGCGGGCGGUGGAGGGAAGCAGGGGAAGAGCGCGGCGUCAGUAGCAGGACGAGGCAACAGGGCGGGGGGCGGUACCAAUAGCGAAGCGCAGCAGACGGGGGGGGGAGACAAAGACCACGCGGAAGGACACCACCACCGACCAUCGAUAACGGCAGCGUCCAAGUCGACCCUGCAAGUGGGGAAGAUCUCCGAAGACCACUUUAGUCUAGACUUUUGCUGGCCGCUGUCCCCCCUGCAGGCCUUCGUAGCCGCUAUGAGCAUUUUUGACGGUUGAAGUGCGGCGAAACGUAGAAAGCAGCAGCUACAGUAGAGUAGUUAGGAAUUAGCUCGAUAUUUCCAUUUGUGGCAAGCGAGUGAAGAUACCAUGUGUUCGUUCGUCCCUCUUGCUACGCUUGCCACAUGUCGAUGAUUAAUGUCUCUCGAGACCCCUACAAUUGUAAUCGAACCUGGAAGCACACCAUACAAGAAUGUUUGUUACGCCGCAGCG